AUGAAGCUUUUUUACCUCUCUCUUUUCUUCUUCUUCAUCAUUUCUUUUCCACGCUCUGAAAGCUGCAGCUCAAUUGACAAAACUACCCUCCUGAAGAUCAAGAAAUCCCUAAACAACCCUCAAAUCCUCAAUUCUUGGGACCCCGAAACCGACUGCUGCACGGACUGGAUCGGCGUCGCGUGCACACACCGCCGCGUCACCGGACUCACCAUUUCCUCCGGAGACGUCGAUGGUCAGAUAGCGGAGGAGAUCGGAGACCUCAUUGACCUCGUUAUCCUAGAUUGGAGCAGUCUCUCUCGUCUCAGAGGAACCAUUCCACGCUCUAUCACCAAGCUCAAGAAUCUAGUUUACCUUCGGUUUAGAAUAACCGAACUCUCUGGUCCGAUCCCGGAAUACAUCAGCGAGCUUCAGAACGUAACCUUCUUGGACCUCUCAUUUAACCGGUUCAACGGUUCAAUACCCGGUUCGAUUUCCCAGAUGCCGAAUCUUAAGGCGAUACAGCUCAAUCAUAACAAAUUAACCGGUUCUGUACCGGAAUCUUUCGGUUCCUUUGUAGGAAAGGUUCCAGAUCUCUACUUGGGUAAUAAUCACCUCUCAGGUGAAAUACCAAAAUCGUUAUCCAAAUCCGACUUCAACAUUGUGAGUUUGUUAGGAAACAAUUUCAGUGGAGAUGCUUCCAUGUUCUUUGGACAUAACAAGACAACCGUGAGAUUAGACUUGUCUAGGAACAGCUUCCACUUCGAUCUCUCAAAGGUGAAACUCGCCGAGAGCUUGGUAUCACUGGACCUGAGCCAUAACCGUGUAUAUGGAGAACUUCCCUUGGGACUAACCAAGCUCCGUCUUGACCAUUUCAACAUAAGUUUCAACCGUCUCUGUGGUUCCAUCCCACAAGGCGGUCUGGUCCAGAAUUUUGAGGUCUAUGAAUUCUCUAAUAACCUCUGUCUAUGCGGUGCACCGCUUCAGCAUUGCUAG